AUGCUGACUUCUAUCCAGCUGAUCUUUUUGCUUUUUUGGACGAGCAUUGGCUCAGCUGAUGCAGAGAGAAUCUUUCAUAAUCGGGACCAUUCUGACGUGCAGAACCUAAACUUGCAUCAAGCUGAGGUUAUAAACGACAAAUAUGGAUUCAUUAAACCGGUGAACUGGGAGGAGGUCCAGUUUGAGGAUGUUGACACAUCAUUCACUGAAGACCUCCUGGAUGACUUUCAGGGUAAGAUCCAAGAAGGAACCUCACUGCAUCGUUCGAGAGAUUCUCCUCGUGUUGGGGAUCCGGAUGGCGGAGACACUUUCACAGAGAGCCAGGCGUUUAUUUCAGCACUUGAGGAGUUUCAGAGGGUGUCAGGCCUCCCAGUCACUGGCGUGUUUGAUGAGGCCACAAAGGAGGCGAUGAACAAACCGAGGUGUGGAGUCCCUGACAAGGAGAUUCAUGAAGAACUUGAGAGCGGUAGUAACUCAGACAUUGAGGACAGUUUUAGUGAGACUUUUAAUGAGACUGAGACUAACAGCACAGUGAGUGAAACAACCAGUGAUGCUUCAUUUAGUGCCGAAAACACCUUUAAAGAUGACACAUUCAAUUUUAAUGACACGGAAAGUGUCCUCACGAGCAUUUCCAAUGACACCAGCAGUAAUUACACUGAUGAUUCUGAUGCAUUUGAUCCCAUUUCAAAUAAAACGUCUCCAACUGAUAUCAGCUCAACCAGGAAAACAGUAAACAUCAGCAUGGGCCUUGAUCAGAGUAAAGCAGUGCAAAGUAGAAAACGUCACCUGGCCGCUCUCGUAUCCAGAAACAGGCAGAAGAGAGAUUUGAGUGACACAGGUUACAUGGCUUUUUGUAAGAGGGUGCUGAAGUGGAGGCUGAUAGGAGAAGGCUACAGCAGUCAGCUGUCCAUUGAAGACCAGAGGUACAUCUUCAGACUGGCCUUCAGGAUGUGGAGCGAGGUGUCUCCGCUGGAGUUUAUAGAGGAUACACGCUCUCCGUUGGAGGAUGUGGACAUCAGGCUGGGCUUUGGUACAGGAAGGCACCUGGGAUGCAAUCAGAGGUUCGACGGCACUGGUCAAGAAUUCGCCCAUGCCUGGUUCUUGGGUGACAUACACUUUGAUGACGAUGAACAUUUUACCGGUCCCAAUGCUGGCAGUGGAAUCAGCCUCCUCAAAGUGGCUGUUCAUGAGAUCGGCCAUGUUUUGGGCCUCCCUCACAUCUACAGACAAGGCUCUAUAAUGCAGCCCAGUUAUCUGCCCCAGGAGUCUGGCUUUGAGAUGGACUGGAUGGACAGAAAGGCCAUACAGCACCUCUACGGGGGCUGUAAAGGCCGAUUCAACACAGUGUUUGACUGGAUCAGAAAGGAAAAGACGCCCCAUGGGAAUGUGGUAAUUCGUUUUAACACCUAUUUCAUGAGGGACGGCUGGUACUGGCUGUAUGAGAACAGAAAUAACAGAACACGGUAUGGAGAUCCAGUCGCUCUGCAAAUUGGCUGGCGAGGAAUCCCCAUGGAUGGAGUGGAUGCUUAUGUUCAUGUGUGGUCCAGGAAAAGAGAUGCUGUUUACUUCUUUAGAGGUACUCAGUUUUGGAGGUACGACAAUGACAAUGAUCAGGCAUUCAGACAGGACCCUGAAGGGCACCGCUAUCCCAGGUUAAUCUCUGAAGGUUUCCCGGGGGUCUUUAGUCCCAUUGACACAGCAUUUUAUGACAGGAGAGACUCCCUCAUCUACUUCUUCAAAAACACUCUUGUGUAUGCCUUCGACGUGGAAGCCAACAGCUUGGCAAGAGGCUUCCCCAGAAACAUCAGAGAUGUUUUCCCCGCAGUGCAGAGUGGAGACCAUCCAGAUGGCAACAUUGACGCUGCCUACUUCUCUUACACCCACAAUGCCAUCUUUCUACUCAAGGGCACGCGCUUCUGGCAGGUGGUGGGCAGCCGAAAUCGCUGGCGCCGGCCCUUUCUGCCGCGGAAUGGCCUGCUGCCACACAAGGAGGUGGAUGAGCAGUGGUUUGACAUCUGUAAUGUUCAUCCCACGGCACUCAAACUCACACGGUGA